UUCUACAGCCACCAAGCAUAAGGCCUCUCUUAAUCAAGUCAUCACAUAAAGAAAUGGAUAGGAUCGAUCACUCCAAAAACCUCCUGAUGAACUCUGACGACUUCGAGCCCCCAUACUUCAUCGAAGGAGAUAACUUCAACCAAAUGAUCAAUCUGAUCCAGGGAGAGAGCGUUCAUCCUAUCAUGAAAUUGGGUUUUGAGUCUGCCCUUCUUGAUGGUGUUAUGAGUGGUGGGCAAGUCAUGCCAACUGCAGGAAAUGCUUUUGGCUAUGAUCGCACUUCCUCCAUCAAUUGUGAUUUUGUGCUUGACUCGCUGCCAAGCCUUGGCAGAGAUGUGAUGGAGAAUCUGGAAGACGAGAACGAUGAGGAGGAUUCAUCAGGAACCACCACCACCACUGCAACAGCCACAACACCGACCAAGAGGACGAAGACAGACAGGUCAAGGACUUUAAUCUCAGAGCGACGAAGGCGGGGCCGGAUGAAGGAGAAGCUCUACGCUCUCCGUUCCUUGGUUCCUAACAUAACAAAGAUGGACAAGGCCUCCAUAGUCGGGGAUGCUGUGCUCUACAUGCAAGAACUCCAGAUGCAAGCUAAGAAGCUGAAGGCCGAGAUCGCCAGCCUCGAGGCUUCUUGGGCAGGCACGGAACUGAAGACGUACCAAGCCCAAAAUGAAACAACAAAGAGGAUUCAGGCUGCAAACAGCAACCAUCCUGUAUGCAGGAAGAUUCUUCAGAUGGACGUAUUCCAAGUGGAAGAGAGAGGGUUCUAUGUGAGGCUGGUGUGCCCCAAGGGAGCUGGAGUGGCUGCGUCUCUGUACAAGGCCCUGGAAUCACUGAACAGCUUCCAAGUUCAGAACUCCAACUUGGCCACUGCGUCAGAGAGAUUUGUAUUCACUUUCACCCUCAAUGUCAAAGAGAGUGAACAGGACACGACCCUGCCCGAUCUGAAGCUGUGGAUUGCGGGGGCACUGCUAAACCAAGGGUUUGAAGUCAAACCACUAUUAUCCGCCUGAUCAACCCCACGCCUCAUGUCUUUCUUGUGGUAGCUCUUCAAGAACAGCUUUCAUCUGCAACAAAGAAGAAUUAAAGAAUUCAUGGACGUGGUCGGAGAGAUGUGACCCAUUUGCAAGUUCUUUACAUUAUCGACUGGUGCAUCGAAGAGACACCCAGUUGACAUUUUCCCAUAUAACAGGUCCAGGUGGGAUGUAAGAAGAAGUGGUGGUGGUGGUGGUGGAGGAUUAGUCAACCCCCAUUAGAUCGCCUGCAAAAUGAUGAGAAAGUCAACUGUUUUGCUUGUGAAUGCACACGCUUGGGCUUCGGAUAUCAUGACGUUUGACAAGCCACUGGCUUUAUAUACAUCGGGAAGGCAAAUAGAAUGCUACUCAUCAAGAUUAGCCUAUCUGUUGUACAAAUAGCUGUCCUUACCAUCGUGGCACAUAACUUUCUUUUUGCGGAUUAAUUAACGGUGGAAAUCUUUGUUUCUCAAAGAGAAGUCUGCAAUUUUCUUGAUUGUAAGAAUGUGAGUAUAUCUUCA